AUGUCUCUUAACACACCGGAAAGCUCUGAUGACUCUAAUUCAACUCAAACACGUGCAAAAAGGUCCAAGGUGUGGGAACAUUUUGAGCAGAAUCUUGUGGAAGUGGAUAAUUGUUUUAGAGCUGUUUGCAAGUAUUGUCGAAUGCAGUUAAGCACCAAAUCUGGAACUAGUAGCCUUAGAACCCACAUUUCUCAAUAUUGUCAUGCAAUUGGGGAAGCCGAGAGGAACAGAUUCAUAGCAACCUUAAAGAAGCCCAUAGAGAACUUUGUGUUUGACCCUCAGUUUAGUCGUGAGCGUAUGAUAGAGUUUGUCAUACAUGCUGAAAUCCCAUUUAACAAGUUUGAGGAUCCAUACUUCGAACCAUGGGUUCAGUCCAUGCAGCCAACUCUAAGUGUUGUGGGACGACAAACUGUUCGCAAUGAUUGUCUAAAGAAGUACCAGAGAAUGAAGCAAGAUAUUCAGAAUGAACUUGAAAGCCUAGACUCCCAUGUGUGCUUGACAUCGGAUUUGUGGACAUCAAUCCAAAAUUUAGGCUACAUGGUUGUAACAGCUCACUAUAUCACUCCUGACUUCAAGAUCAAGAAGAAGAUAAUAAGUUUCAAAGAGGUCAAAUAUCCACACUCAGGGUUUGCUAUCGAAGAAGCACUUGUUAGCUGCUUGACUGAGUGGGGCAUACGAAACAAAUUGUUUACUCUCACAGUGGACAAUGCUAGUAACAACAACACUGCAUGUGACCUGUUGGUAGAUACUCACAAGUAUGAGUUGAUGCUUGAGGGUGCACAUUUGCAUGUGAGAUGUUGUGCGCAUAUCCUGAAUAUUUUGGUUCAAGAUGGGAUGAAAAUUAUUCAUGAGGGGAUAAAGAAGAUUCGGGAGCUCUUGAAGCACAUUAUCUCUUCGCCCUCAAGAAUGCAAGCUUUUAAUGAAAUUGCAGUGGUGAAUGGUCUUCCAACAAAACGUGGUAUUGCUCUUGACAUACCCAACCGUUGGAAUUCCACCUUCAAGAUGGUUGCAGAAGCAAUCAAGUACAAGACCGUCCUGAAUAGCUAUGCAAAUCAACAUGCAGAAAUUCCUCCAAAUGAACAAGAAUGGAGCACAGCUGAUUCAAUCUGUAAGUUUCUUAAAACUUUUGAAGAGGCUACAAAAGCAAUAUCGGCUCAUAGGAAACCAACUUCAUACAUGUUCUUGCCUUUAAUUGUUUCAAUUCGGGAUGCCUUGGAUAACCCUUCUUGGCAGACAAGUGUGGCACUACAAGACCUGGCUGCAGCCAUGAGGAUCAAGUUUGAAAAGUAUUGGGGUAGAGAUUUUGAUGAGUCAAACCAGCCUAUUCCUCGCAGAAAUAAAAAGGAUUAUGAUGUCAACCUUGGAAUUGUUAUUGCAACAAUGUUAGAUCCAAGGGGAAAAGCAGAAUAUGCAGAGUUCUUCUACCAGAAGAUUUGUAGCAAUAUAGAUCAGAUUGAUUCAAGUGUUGAUGCUGCUCUAGUUUGGAUGAAAAAAUACUUCCUGGAGUAUGAGCAACGCUUGAGGAGAGUUAAUGCAUACUCUGUUACAUAUUCAAGUGAGGGCAGCAUUUGUGUGGGCUCACCGGUGCUUGCGAAAAGGCAGCUAGGAUCAGAAUUUGCAAACUUCAAGUCAAGUCGAAGAAAGACUCGUCCACCAAAAUCUGAAUUUGACAUCUACUUUGAAGAAGAUUGUGUGGAAGACAUUGAAAACUUUGACAUUUUGGCUUGGUGGAAGGCACAUGCUGAGAAGUUCCCGAUCUUAUCAGUUAUGGCACGUGAUUUCCUCGCCAUUCCUCUUAGUAUUGUUUCUUCCGAAUCAGCCUUUAGUCUUGGAGGUAGGAUUCUUGGGGAGUCAAGAAGCUCACUAACUCCAGAGAUGUUAGAAGCCCUUGUGUGUGGGAAAGACUGGUUAUUCAAGGAAAAAGAUGCAGACAAUGAAGGUCAACAAAUUAGUGAAGAUCAGACUAGUGAAAUAGUCACCUUUGUCACUCCAUCAGACUAGUGAAAUGGACUUCGACAUCUCUCAGGGAGAGCAUCUGUACUGUUAAGGAUUUUCUCACUUUACUACAUCUUGAUGGUCCUAGGCUUCGGAAGGGUCCUGGUCAACUUCAACCCCGCUCUGGAAUCUGGAUGAAAGCUUGCGGACUUGCUCUGAAUGAUAGGCUGAAGCACGUGUGGCUGUGAAGCAAGCAUAUGAACACUGGAAGAAUGUCUUUACAUGUGACAACGGAACACUGAAGUUUCUACUGAUGACUUCGGUUUGAGCCAUUCGCCUCUACCAUCACCUGACAUUUUCUCGAUGGAACCAUCGAGUUCCUUAGACCCUUGUGUACUGGAGACCCUUGUGUAAUAC